GCGGACCGGCGGACCGGCGGAGCGGCGGAGCGGCGGACCGGGAGCCGUGUUAGAUUCCGGGGCGGGGGGGGGCGGCGGCGCUUUGUGCGGACGGCAGGAUGGCGAGCGACUCUCCCGCGCGCAGCCUGGACGAGAUCGACCUGUCUGCUCUCCGGGACCCGGCUGGGAUCUUCGAGCUGGUGGAGCUGGUUGGAAAUGGAACCUAUGGACAAGUUUACAAGGGUCGCCAUGUCAAGACGGGACAGCUCGCCGCCAUCAAGGUCAUGGACGUCACGGGAGAUGAGGAGGAGGAGAUUAAAGCGGAGAUCAACAUGCUGAAGAAGUACAGCCACCACCGGAACAUCGCCACCUACUACGGAGCCUUCAUCAAGAAGAACCCGCCGGGGAUGGACGACCAGCUCUGGCUGGUGAUGGAGUUCUGCGGCGCCGGCUCGGUAACGGAUCUGAUCAAGAACACCAAAGGAAACUCUCUGAAGGAAGAAUGGAUCGCCUACAUCUGCAGGGAGAUCCUCAGAGGUCUGACCCACCUCCACCAGCACAAGGUCAUCCACCGAGACAUCAAAGGUCAGAACGUCCUGCUGACGGAGAACGCCGAGGUCAAACUGGUGGACUUUGGUGUGAGCGCUCAGCUGGACCGGACGGUGGGACGCAGGAACACGUUCAUCGGGACGCCGUACUGGAUGGCCCCAGAGGUCAUCGCCUGCGACGAGAACCCGGACGCCACGUACGACUUCAAGAGUGAUCUUUGGUCGCUCGGUAUCACCGCCAUCGAGAUGGCCGAAGGAGCUCCACCUCUGUGUGACAUGCAUCCAAUGAGAGCGCUCUUCCUCAUCCCCAGAAACCCUGCUCCCAGACUCAAGUCCAAGAAGUGGUCCAAGAAGUUCCAGUCGUUCAUCGAGAGCUGCCUGGUGAAGAGCCACGGCCAGCGGCCGAGCACCGAGCAGCUGCUCAAACACCCCUUCAUCCGAGACCUGCCCAACGAGCGGCAGGUCCGCAUCCAGCUGAAGGACCACAUCGACCGCACCAAGAAGAGGAGGGGCGAGAGGGAUGAGACGGAGUAUGAGUACAGUGGCAGUGAAGAGGAGGAUGAAGAGCGGGACAUCGGAGAACCCAGCUCCAUCAUCAACAUCCCGGGCGAGUCCACUCUGAGGCGGGACUUCCUGCGCCUGCAGCUGGCCAAUAAGGAGCGGUCGGAGCUGAUCCGGCGCCAGCAGCUGGAGCAGCAGCAGAACGAGGAGCACAAGCGCCAGCUGCUGGCCGAGAGGCAGAAGCGCAUCGAGGAGCAGAAGGAGCAGAGGAGGCGGCUGGAGGAGCAACAGCGCCGCGAGCGGGAGCUGAGGAAGCAGCAGGAGCGCGAGCAGAGGAGGAGGUACGAGGAGAUGGAGCAGCUCCGGAGGGAGGAGGAGAGGAGGCACGCCGAGCGGGAGCAGGAGUACAAGAGGAAGCAGAUCGAGGAGCAGCGGCAGGCCGAGCGGCUGCAGAGGCAGCUGCAGCAGGAGCGAGCCUACCUGGUGUCCCUGCAGCAGCAGCAGGAGCCACAGCGCCCCCCGCAGGACAAGAAGCAGCUGUACCACUACAAGGACCAGGCGCCCGGCACCAACGACAAGCCGGCCUGGGCCAAGGAGGUGAUGCGUCGCGCUCAGAGUAACUCCCCCCGUGUUCCUCCUAAGAAGUUCCACUCCUUCCGGGAGCGGCGAGACGCCAGCCUGGAGCACCUGCUCCUGCUGCCCGGGUACAAACCCCGCCGGCCCCGCCCCCCCUCCUACCCCGCCCACGGCAGCCCGGUCAGAGACCGCCUCCACGCGCCCCGGAUCCGGGUCACCCGGCUCCCGGACGCCGCCCGGCCCGCGGCCAUGCGGCGCGCCGGGGGGAGGAGUCCGGCGAGGAGGCCGGACUCCAGGGGCCGCAGCCCCGCCCGCCGGGUGGAGGAUGGUUAUGAGAUGCACAGACACACUUCUCCUGCGUUGCAGCACAAAGUAUCGAAUCGGAUCUCCGACCCGUCGCUGCCGCCGCGCUCCGAGUCCUUCAGCAGCGGCGGCAUCCAGCAGGCCCGGACCCCCCCCACGCACCGCUCCGUGGAGCCGCAGAUGGCCCACCUGGUUCAGGUGAAGAGUCACGGCCUGUCGGGCUCCCAGUCCCUGUACGACCCCCACGGCGUGUCGUCCUCGGCGUCCCCCUCCCCCUCGCGGCCCCCCAUGCCCCGGCAGAACUCCGACCCCACCUCCGACACCCCCCCUCCCCCGCCCCUGUCCCGCCUGGCGCCCCCCCUCGACAAGCUGGACCGCAGCUCCUGGCUGCGGCAGGACGACGACCUGCCGCCCAAGGUUCCUCAGAGGACCACGUCCAUCUCUCCGGCUCUGGUCAGGAAGAACUCUCCAGGAAACGGUCCUGGUCUGGGUCCUCGGGCUGGAGCGCACCUCAUACGGGCCAGCAACCCCGACCUGCGGAGAGCCGAGCUGUCGGUGGACACGCCCCUGAAGAGGACGAGCAGCGGCAGCUCGUCCAGCUCCAGCACGCCCAGCUCCCAGGGGGGGUCCAACGAGCGAGGAACCUCGGCGGUGAAGAUGGAGUCGUCCACCCUGUCCCACGAGAACCGGGAGGACGGACGGGACGCCACGCGGCCCAGCCGGCCGGCGAGCUAUAAGAGAGCUGUGGACGAGGACCUGACCGCUCUGGCCAAAGAGCUGCGGGAGCUGCGGCAGGGGGAGGACUCGAGCCGCCCCCCCGUCAAGGUGACCGACUACUCGUCGUCCAGCGAGGAGUCGCACAGCAGCGAGGAUGAGGAGGGGGAGGGGGACGGCGAGGGCGGGGCCAGCGACGGCACGGUGGCCGUCAGCGACAUCCCCAGGAUCAUGCCUCCGGCCACUCCGAGCAGCAGCGAGUCGUUUGGAGCUCAGAACGACGUUCGGGGUGAAUCGUUCGGGAACAGCUGUGAAGACGGAACGCUGAUGAUGAGAGAGUACGGGAUGGGGGGCGGAUCCGGCUCCAAGGCCUCCUUCACGCCGUUCGUGGAUCCCCGGGUUUACGGAACGUCUCCCACUGACGACGACGAGAACAGUUCUGCCUCAGCGCUGUUUGCAGACGAGCUGCUGAAGCAGGAGCAGGAACAGGCGCGACUCAACGAGGCCAGAAAGAUCUCGGUGGUGAACGUCAAUCCCACCAACAUCCGGCCGCACAGCGACACGCCCGAGAUCCGCAAGUACAAGAAGCGCUUCAACUCCGAGAUCCUGUGUGCCGCGCUGUGGGGGGUCAACCUGCUGGUGGGGACGGAGAACGGGCUGAUGCUGCUGGACCGCAGCGGUCAGGGAAAAGUUUACAACCUGAUCAACCGGCGGCGUUUCCAGCAGAUGGACGUUCUGGAGGGACUCAACGUGCUGGUGACCAUCUCAGGGAAGAAGAACAAGCUGCGUGUUUACUACCUGUCCUGGCUGAGGAACCGCAUCCUGCACAACGACCCCGAGGUGGAGAAGAAGCAGGGCUGGAUCACGGUGGGGGAGCUGGAGGGCUGCGUGCACUACAAAGUCGUGAAGUAUGAGAGGAUUAAGUUCCUGGUGAUCGCUCUGAAGAACUCGGUGGAAAUCUACGCCUGGGCUCCCAAACCGUACCACAAGUUCAUGGCCUUCAAGUCGUUCACAGAGCUGCAGCACCGCCCCCUGCUGGUGGAUCUGACUGUGGAGGAGGGUCAGAGGUUAAAGGUCAUCUAUGGAUCUAGUGUCGGGUUCCAUGUGAUCGAUGUAGAUUCUGGAAACCCGUACGACAUCUACAUCCCCUCGCAUAUUCAGGGUCAGGUGACCCCUCACGCCAUCGUGGUUCUGCCCAAGACGGACGGCAUGGAGAUGCUGCUGUGCUACGAGGACGAGGGCGUCUACGUCAACACGUACGGCCGCAUCACCAAGGACGUGGUGCUGCAGUGGGGCGAGAUGCCCACCUCCGUCGCGUACAUCCACUCGAACCAGAUCAUGGGUUGGGGAGAGAAGGCCAUUGAGAUCCGCUCGGUGGAGACGGGUCACCUCGACGGAGUUUUCAUGCACAAACGAGCUCAGCGGCUGAAAUUCUUGUCAGAGAGGAACGACAAGGUGUUCUUUGCCUCGGUGCGCUCUGGAGGAAGCAGUCAGGUCUUCUUUAUGACCCUCAACAGAAGCUCCAUGAUGAACUGGUAACUGCCUGGCGUCGUUCUGCCCGCGACCAGGAGGUGGCGCUGAAGGGAAGACGGGGGGCGGGGUGUGUGUGUGUGUGUGUGUGUGUGUGUGUGUGUGUGUGUGUGUGUGUGUGUGUGUGGAGGUUAAAGUACAAGCUGCUGAAUGGACCAUGGAGCUUCAGGAGAAAUUGUCCCCUCCCGUCCUCCCUGCGGGGGGCGCUGCAGGACGACAGGACGGACUGACACCGGACCAGGAGACUCCCUGGACACGUUCUGCUGUAGCACAUGCCAGCCUGCAGGGGCGCUGCACGCUGGGAGAGACGGAACACUUCCUGCUUCUCACGGUAGCAUUAGCAUUAGCAGAGAAAUCACUUGAAAUGAGUGCAAUGCAGUCAUGCUAAGAGCGUCCACGCUAAGCUAGCUGAGUAGAAGCAUCCAUGCUAAGCGAGCUAACACACUUUAUCGUUCACAGCUGGUCUACAGAUAGAGAAGCUUUCAAGAAAAUUAUGCAGAAAGACCUGUAGUUGUGUUUACUGUACAUUUUAGCUUCCAGGCUAACACCUUUAGCUUCAAGGCUAACUCCUUUAGCUUUAAGCUUUUGGGUGCACUCCUUUAGUUUUCAGCCGAGGUGGGAGGUUGGAGCCUGAUCAAGUCAUCUCCAUGCCAUGUUUUUGCCCUCACCUUGUACCACAGACAAGCUGAGGAGCAGGGCUGAUUAGAUUCACCUGGUGUGGUACAUGGUCAGAGCAAAAACAUGGCAUGGAGAUGACUUGAUCAGGCUCCAAUCUCCCACCUCUGGUUUUCAGGCUAACUCCAUUAGCUUUCAGACUACUUCGUAUAGCUUUCAGGCUAACUCACUAAGCUUCCAGGCUGACUCCUUUAUUUUUCAGGCUAAUUCAUUUAGCUUUUAGACUCUUUUAGCUUACGGGCUCUGGUUUGCUUUCUGGCUAAUUCAAUCUUCAAGGCUAACUCCAUUAGCUUUCAGGCUCCCUCCUUUAGCUUCCAGGCUAACUCAUUUAGCUUUCAGGCUGACGCCUUUAGCUUUCAGGCCAACUCCUUUAGCUUUUAGCUUAACCUUAUUAGCCUUUAGGCUGACUCCCUUAGCUUUUGGGCUAACUCCUUUAGCUUUCUGUUUUAUUCAUUUGGCUUUCAGGCUAAUUCAUUUAGUUUUUAGGCUAACUCCUUUAGCUGUCAGGCUGACUCCUUUAGCUGCCAGACUAACUCCUUUAGCUUUUAGCCUAACCUUAUUAGCCUUUAGGCUGACUCCUUUAGCUUUUGGGCUAACUCCUUUAGCUUUCAGGCUGACUCCUUUAGCUUUCAGGCUGACUCCUUUAGCUGUCAGGCUAACUCCUUUAGCUUUCAGGCCAACUCCUUUAGCUUUUAGCCUAACCUUAUUAGCCUUUAGGCUGACUCCCUUAGCUUUUGGGCUAACUCCUUUAGCUUUCUGGUUUAUUCAUUUGGCUUUCAGGCUAAUUCAUUUAGCUUUUAGGCUAACUCCUUUAGCUUUCAGGCUGACUCCUUUAGCUUUCAGGCUAACUCAUUUAGCUUUCAGGCUAACUCUUUUAACUUUCAAGCUAACUUCUUUAGCUUUCAGGCUGACUCCUUUAGCUUUCAGGCUAACUCCUUUAGCUUUCAGGCUAACUCCUUUAGCAUCCAGCUCACACAGGAGCUCUGUCAGCUGAAUGAUUGAAGAAAUGAACCGGUUCAAGUCUCCAGAAUGUUCAGAGGAGCAUGAUCACCUGACUGCAUUCCUCUCAUCUGUGGAACAGCUGUGAACAGCUGUCGCCGACCCCGCGGAGGGUGGGAAUCGAACCGGGGGACACUUUGACCUCAGCCCGUCUCAAUGCGGACAGCACCACUGCCCUCCCGGCCUCCCGGCGGCUUCACACACAUGUAGCUCAACCCUCGGUGCACAUUUCCUCCGUCGGGCAACCAGAGGCGGAGUGGAGCGGCCCAGUGGCGCAGCGGACGGCCGGCCGGGUGCAGCUCGGUCUGACAGCUUGUAGAUAGAUUCCUGCUGUAAAUAUUUCAAUCCACACUGAGGACGGACGUCACAGAAAAAACUGUAAAAGCAAAACACUUCCCGCCUCUUUCUAUCAGAGCUGAUAGAACGAGGUGGGAAGUGUUUUGUCAUCCCGCCAGACUUUUGGUUCGAUCAUCAUAGAGGAGAACUCAGUUACUUCUUCAAUCUUGGCGUCUUUCUACAGAUUAGAGAAAAUACAUAGUUCUACCGAUUUCUAAAGGAACAAGACAAAAUGUUUUUAUCGUGUUUGAUUUGUAUUUGUAUUUCAAUUUUUGUACGUAUCCAGACUGUGUGUGUGUGUGUGUGUGUGUGUGUGUGUGUGUGUGUGUGUGUGUGUGUGUGUGUGUGUGUGUGUUUUCACCUUGUCUGAAUCACUGGACUCAGUGAAAAGUCAAACACAUCUGUGACGGUGAGAAAAUCUACAAUAAAUGUCCCCGACUUGUA